UUUAGGUAUUCGGUUUUAUGUUUUCGCUUAUAACGGUUCGCGGACUCUCAGCCACUUUGGUGGGUCAGUUAGCCCGCAGACCGUGCGACGAGUGCAUCCCCAAAAUGAUGUCUGGCCGGAGCCUCUUUAUUGGAUCAUGCUGCCUUCUGGCGCUGCUGAUCCACCCAGUCCAGCCGAAUCCCAUUGUUCCCCGGGCGGAUGUGGCCACCGAGUUCAUAAUACUCCAUAAUAAUGAUAUGCAUGCCCGAUUCGAACAGACGAGUGUGACCAGUGGCAUCUGCUCCCAGGAGGAUGCGAAUACGAAUCAGUGCUACGGAGGAUUCGCUAGGGUGGCCUACGAGGUUCGCAAGUAUCGCAAGGAAGCGCAGGAGGGUGGAACUCCAGUGUUUUAUCUCAACGCAGGUGACACCUACACCGGAACAGCUUGGUUCACCGUCUACAAGGACAAGAUCGCCAGUGCUUUCCUUAACAAACUGUCACCUGACGCUAUUUCCCUGGGCAACCAUGAGUUCGAUCAGAAUGUGGAGGGUCUUGUGCCCUUCCUCAAUGCUGUGGAUUUUCCCGUUCUGGCCUGUAAUCUGAACCUCACCGAUGUACCCGAAUUGGCGGCUGCCAAACAGCUAGCCAAUUCCACGAUCUUGGAAACAAACGGGGUGAAGAUUGGCGUGAUCGGUUACCUAACACCCGAUACCAAAGUACUUGCCUUCCGGAACAAAGUGGAAUACGAGGAGGAGAUCGUAUCCAUCAAUGCGGAGGCCGAGAAGCUGAAAGCUCAGGGCAUCAACAUCAUCAUCGCCUUGGGUCACUCUGGUUACCAAAAGGAUCAGGAGAUAGCCAAGAACUGCCCGGAGGUGGACAUCGUCAUCGGUGGUCACUCUCACACUUUCCUGGAUGCAAGUCAACCGGUGGCCGAUCCCACUGACUCCGAUCCGGAGGCUGUUCGAGGACCCUAUCCCACCACAGUUGUGCAGGCGAGCGGAAAAAAAGUUCCGGUGGUGCAGGCAUAUGCCUACACAAAGUACCUGGGAAAGAUCCAUGUUCAGUUCGAUGCAGAGGGAAAUCUGAUUGAUUUUGACGGUGCCCCCAUUCUACUGAACGCCUCUGUGACUCAGGAGCAGGAUCUCCUCGAUUUGCUGGAGGAAUAUCGUCCCAAACUGGAGGAGCUGGAGAACACGGUCCUGGGCUACACCAAGGUGUUCCUUGAGGGAGGCAAUAUCUGUCGGAUGAGGGAGUGCAACCUUGGAAACUUGGUGACCGAUGCCAUGGUCUAUGCCCGCGUGGUGGAGAACAAGGGUGGAGAAUUCUGGACAGAUGCACCAAUUGCCUUUAUGCAGGGAGGAGGAAUCCGCGCCUCCGUCGAUAAGCAGGAUGAUGGAGCCAUUAAUGGUGCCACUCUGCUGACCGUUCUGCCUUUCGAGAAUAACCUCUAUAUAACCAGGGUCCUUGGCAAGACGCUUCUGGCCGCCCUGGAGCACUCGGCUGCUGUGCGGCUGCAGGACUCGAAUGGUGGGUUCCUCCAGAUGUCCGGACUGCGGUGCGAGUACAACUACAAUAACGAACAGGGCAAGCGGGUGGUUUUCGCUCAAGCUCUGUGCUCCAACUGCUCCGUUCCCACCUACAAGAGCAUCAAUGAGACGGAGUUCUACAAGGUGAUCGUACCGCAGUUCCUGCUCGAAGGCGGCGAUGGAUACGAUCUGAUCGAGGAGUCGGAUCCGUUCAGUGAGAGCCUGGAGCGAAACGAUCUGAAUGCCACCAUGGAGUACCUGAAGCAGCGCCAUUUCGUAUAUCCCGAGAUCGAGGAGCGAAUUGUGAUCCACGAGAAGGUUGACGGUGGUUCGGCUUCCGGAAUUGUAGCCUCCAUAUCGCUGCUGCUGCUCUCUUCCCUGCUAACUAGAUUCUUCUAGUGUGCGUAGGACCUAAUAGCUUUUCAUUUCGCAACCGUAGUACAUCUAUGAAUGCAUGAAGUCCCAGCCAUCUGUGGUUAUUCGAUUGCAGUUUAAUAACAUACGUUAUUAGUUUAAAUAUGUUGCCCAUGGGCGAAGUGUGGCUUGCUGUUAGUUGACCUCAAAUUGCAUUAGUAAGUGCACAUAAACUUAAACCAAUUAGCAAAUAAAUGUUGUGAAAAGUUAA